AUGGAAAAAGAACGUAAAAAUACUUAUAUACAAUAUCUUAUUGUGAAAUUAAUAUUGGAUUACAGUGAAACUAGUGAUAAAGUUGAUCCAAUGGAUCAUGACGAUGAACGUGUUGUGAUUACUGAUGAAGGUAAUGAUAAUGAGGAAGAUGAUAAUAGCGAGGAGGAUAGUGAUAAUGAUGCUCAUCCUAAUAAUAUUCAACCAAAUAAUACAACACCAUCAACAAUUCCAUUAAAUAUUGAAUUUGUCUCGAAAAUGUUCUAUAAUUUUGUUAAUUAUAGAACAUCAUUUGUUCAAAAUGUCCCAGGUACACCAGAACAAGUUGUUCAAACAUGGGUUAAUUAUUUUCAUCAGCGUAUUAAUGAAAAUCCAAAUUUUUGGAAAGAAGAAAAAUAA